AUGACAAAUUGUGAAAACUCUGAAUCUACUCUACCAGAUCUUUUCACAUCUGUUAAUGAGGAAGAUCCAGAUGACGAAACAGUUAUCAACUGUAGUCCAGAUGAUACUGCUUUCAGUGUUUCCAAAAAGUCUUUCAAAAGAGUUGUAAAUUCUGAAACAAACUCUGCAAGUUCUUUAACUCACCAAAUCAAACAUACCGAUGGAACCACUAAACUCAAAAACUUUUUGAAUGGAGAAAAUUCCUCUUAUGAGGAUGGUAGUACUUCUAUACCAACUGUACUUAAUGCUGGAGAACCCAAUGAUGAUACAUGGUAUAUUGAUAGUGGCUGCUCUAAGCAUAUGACAGGAAACCGGAACUACUUACAUGACUUCAAACCUAUACAAACCAAUCAAGAUGUUACCUUCGGCAACAACAUGAAAGCAAAAAUCAAAGGUUAUGGAAACAUAACAAAUGGUAAUUUUACCAUAAAGAAAGUUGCCUUCGUCGAUGACCUGAAACACAACCUCAUCAGUGUUUUUCAACUGUGUGAUAACAAUCUUGAAGUUAUUUUCACUAAACAACGAAGUUUGAUCAUGGACGCCAAAACAAAAGAUGUUAUAGUUGAUUCUGACCGUGCCGGAAAUAUGUAUCCACUUGACAUGGAUCUUAUCUAUGGUAAACCCGAUAUAUGUCUGCUAUCUAAAGCCCCAACAGAUAUUAGUUGGUUAUGGCACCGUCGCCUUUCCCAUCUAAACUUUGGGUACAUCAACAAAUUAAUCGGCAAUGAUCUUGUUCGAGGGCUACCACUUCUGAAGCUUGAUAACGAAACUCUUUGUGCUGCAUGUGAAAAAGGAAAACUUUCCAAAUCCACUCACAAAAGCAUCUCAGAAUCUAGUAACGGUGUUGUCGAAAGAAGGAACCGAAUUCUAUGUGAAGUUGCAAGAUCAAUGCUUAUCUUCGUUGAUCUGCCACAAUACUUCUGGGCAGAAGCAAUAGCCACAACUUGCUACACUCAAAAUCGUUCCUUAAUCCAUAAACAUCUUCAUAAAACACCAUAUGAAGUCAUUAACAACCGAAAACCAAACAUCAAGUUUUUCCAUAUUUUUGGUUGUCGAUGCUUCGUAAAGAACAAUAAAGAUCACCUUUCAAAAUUUGAAUCAAGGUCGGACGAAAGAAUUUUCCUUGGUUACUCAUUUUCUUCAGCUGCUUAUGGAGUACUAAACAAACGUACCAGAGUAAUUGAAGAAAGUACCGAUGUUCAUUUCGAUGAAGUUUAUGUCAGGAAAUUGGCUCGUGAACAUUUUGGUUCAAAAAUGAUUGAAAAUAUUUUUCAAAAUCCAAUUCAACAAACACCUUCUCCUGACAUAGACAUUGAAAUCGAUCUUGAUUUACUUUUUGAACAACCAAAAACUGCUUACAAUUCUGAACUUUUAACUACUUUAAUUGAUCCUACAGGAACACCCAAUGAAUUUAUUCCACAAACAAACCAAAAUGAUGCAGAUCAAUUCGAGGGGGAACCACCAACACAUACUUCCUCUUUGGAACAAACACCAAAUCCUCCUUUAAAUACCUAA